AUGGUGACGAGCAAGGCCGUACAGCAGGGCGCCCCGCUGCUGGCCGUGCCGCGGUCGCUGCUGAUUAGCGCGGACACGGCGCGUGCUAGCCCGCUGUGCGGCCCCCUGCUGGAGCGCAGCGAUCUUGACGACUGGCAGGCCCUUAUCCUCCACUUGCUCUGCGAGUGCGCGGACCCCUCCAGCGCGUGGACACCAUACCUGGCGCUGCUCAGGGCGGCCGACAUGUCGCGCCACCCACUGCUGUGGGGGGACGAGCAGCGCGCCUGGCUCGAGGGCAGCCCAAUGGCGCGCCUGCUGCAAUCGCGACGCGCACAGGUGGAGGGCGACACGGCAGCGCUGGUGGCGGCAGGCGCCAACGAGCUGCCCAUAGCAGGGUCGCUGCCGCAGCCCCUUGUGACACCUGGCAGCGUGGGGUGGGCGGCCGCGGUGCUGCUGAGCCGCGCGUUCAGCCUUUACCUGGCGCCAGAACCAGACCACUCCAUUCUGCCGAUGGAAGAUUUCGGCAGCUGGGACCGUGCCGGCCAGGAUGUGCUGGCUCUGGUGCCGUGGGCUGACAUGCUGCAGCACAGCAGCGAAUCAGGUGACGCCUCCGUACUGCAGUACGACGUCGAGACAGACACGGCGUUCCUGUGCGCCCACCGCGACUACUCUCCCGAUGACGAGGUGUUCGAUAGCUAUGGCCCAGGCUUGUCCCCCUGCGACCUGCUGAUGGACUAUGGAUUUGUGGACCCAGCCAACACCAAUGCCAGGUACGACGCCCUCCCUGCCGACAUCGCGGGCCCGCGCGGUCCCCGAAAUCGUGCGCUGCUGGCGGCCAUGGACCGCCUGCAAGGCACGGGGGCGCUGCUUGCACUUGGGCCGUCGGGCCCCGAUGUGACGGGCCUCACGCUGCUGCGUGCAUCGCUGGCCGGGGAGGCAGAGCUUGUCAAGGCCGGGUGGCGCAUCAGGUCGGGGCCAAACGACCUGGCCUUGGCUGCGCGUGUGCUGGGACGGCUGUCCCAGCCGGAGGCGGCAGCAACAGAGGCUGCAGUGCUGGCAGCGCUGGCGGUCUUUUGCGCCAAGGCGUUAGCGGCCUACCCAAGCAGCCUCUCAGCAGACGAGGAGGAGGCAGCACGCGUCCUCGCCGAGCUGCCUGGCGCACCCCGGGGCCGCCGACGCGAUCUGGACCUGCGGCUGCAGGUGCUGCGCGCUCUGAUCUCUGAGAAGAGCGCGCUGACGGGGACCUCCGUCGCUGUUGCAGAAUGGCAGGCGCGGCUGCAAGGCGGCUGCCCUCCUUCAGAGCUUUAUGAUAACGGGUCUGAUGAUGAGGAUGAAUGA